AUGCGGCUACCGCGCGUCUCCGGCACUGUAGUGACUGCACUCCUGCUGGCGCAGACCUGCCUUCUGCUCUUCCUGGUCUCCCGACAAGGACCGUGGUACCCAGCCGGCGGCAAGCAGCGUGUGCACGUGUUGGUGUUGUCCUCUUGGCGCUCAGGCUCAUCCUUCGUGGGCCAGCUCUUCAGCCAGCAUCCAGACGUGUUCUACCUGAUGGAGCCCGCGUGGCACGUCUGGGCUGCCCUGUCGCAGGGCAGUGCUCCAGCGCUGCACAUGGCUGUUCGCGAUCUGGUGCGCUCUGUCUUCCUGUGCGACAUGGACGUGUUCGACGCCUACCUGCCGUGGCGCCGCAACCUGUCAGACCUCUUCCAGUGGGCGGUGAGCCGCGCGCUGUGCUCGCCCCCCGCCUGCAACGCCUUCAGUCGCGACGCCAUCAGCAGUGAGGCUGUGUGCAAGCCACUGUGCGCGCGGCGGCCCUUCGGCCUGGCCCAGGAGGCCUGCCGCUCCUAUAGCCACGUGGUGCUCAAGGAGGUGCGCUUUUUUAACCUGCAGGUACUUUACCCGCUACUCAACGACCCAGCGCUCAACCUACGCAUCGUGCACCUGGUGCGCGAUCCAAGGGCGGUGCUGCGCUCCCGAGAGCAGACCGCCAAGGCGUUGGCGCGCGAUAAUGGCAUAGUGCUGGGCACCAACGGCACGUGGGUGGAGGCCGACCCCCGCUUGCGCGUGGUGAGCGAGGUGUGUCGCAGCCACGUGCGCAUAGCUGAGGCCGCCCUGCACAAGCCGCCGCCCUUCCUGCAGGGUCGCUACCUCCUGGUGCGCUUCGAGGACCUGGCGAGGGAGCCGCUGCGCGAGAUCCGCGCACUCUACGCCUUCACCGGCCUGAGCCUUACGCCGCAGCUCGAGUCCUGGAUUCACAAUAUCACGCACGGGUCGGGGCCCGGUGCGCGCCGAGAGGCCUUCAAGACCACGUCUAGGGAUGCACACAACGUCUCCCAGGCCUGGCGCCACUCGCUGCCCUUCAGCAAGAUUCGGCGCGUGCAGGAGCUGUGCGCCGGCGCCCUGCAGCUGCUGGGCUACCGGCCCGUGUACUCUGAGGAUGAGCAGCGUGACCUUAACCUGGACCUCGUGGUGCCUCGCGGCCCGAGCAGCUUCAGGUGGGCGUCGCCCACCGAUGAGCACUCCAAGCCUUAG